UGUUGAGAUUGUUCACCUCAUCCAACAUUGUCGUGGUUGUAGGGUGCCCAUCCCGAGAAAAAGCGGCAACAAACACGCAAAGAUCAAAUGAGUGGAGAUGAUGGUGGAGAAAAAAUUUAGAGAGAAGAUGGAGACGACCGCUACAGAUUUGAAUGAGUGGUUCAAAAACUUUGUAAAGACCCCUGUCAGCUACAUGAAGUGCCUAAGGGCAAAAGCAAGCGUGAUUGAAGCAUUGAAAGGAGCCCCAAAGGAGGGGUACCGCAAUUUGCGCACUUAUUGUAAGGUCGUGCACAAUACCAACCCCGGGUCCAUGAUUGAGCUGGAAUGCGAGGGCAAUAUCUUCCUCCGUAUAUUGUUCUCGUUUGCUGCCUUAGUGUCAGGCUUCUCGCACUGCAGGCCUUUCAUGGUGCUCAGCGGGCCUCACAUACGCGAAAAGUGUCAGACUGUCAGUGCUGUCUUCUUGGCGCCACUGAAAGACAUGCAAACGUGUGAGAGAGAAACUAAAGUACGCAAAAACAAUGGGGGGGACACGCAGGAUGUGGAGUGUGCACUUGAAGAUGGGGAGAGUCACGUCAAGGAAAACAAAGAGGUGGACAAUGAAGGGGAGAAGGAGGAGAAUGAAAAGGAGGAUGAGGAUGAGGAGGAGCAGGAGGAGGAGGAGGAGGAGGAGGAGGAGGAGGACGACGAGGAGGACGAGGAGGAGGACGAGGAGGAGGACGAGAAGGAGAACGAGGACGAGGACGAGGACGAGGACGAGGACGAGGACAAGGAGGAUGGUCAGGAGGAGGAGGAAGAGGAAGAGUAUAGUGACAAGGAGGAGGAGGAGGAGGACAACAGGGUGGAUGACGAGGGGCAGGGGUUGAAGAAGGGGUUGGACGACGAGGAAGAGGAAACUGAAGAGGAUUAAAAUGGAGAGGGGCAUGAGGUAGGGUACGCGGAGGAGGAUGCUCCCUAGCUUUUGAAGGAGUGGUUCAAAUACUUCGUCAAGACCCCUGUCAGCUACAUGAAGUGCGUAAGAGUGAGGGCGAAAGUGAUUGAAGCAUUGAAAGAAGCCUCGGAUGAGGGGUACCACGAUUUGCGCACUUAUUGCAAGGUCGUGCACGAUACCAACCACGAGUCCAUAAUUGAGUUGGAUUGCGAUGACAAUAUCUUCCUCUAUAUAUUUCUCAUGUUCACUGCCUCGGGCUUCGUACACUGCAGACCUUUGAUGGUGCUCGACAAGGCUUACAUAUGUGGAAAGUACCUGUGUUGCCUUCUUGGCGCCACAAGAAGAAAUUCAAAUGGUCAAGGUUUACCUGUCGCAUACGCAAUCCUCGACGACGAGAAGAAGAUUCGUUGGAAAUGGUUUCCGUUACAUUUCAAGCGCAUAUGCGACACUAUGAAAGUUCCUUAAAGGCAGGUCACGUUUAUGUCUGACCGCGAUAAAGGACUCGUCCCCGC